GGAAAACCUGAGAGAUCCUAUGUCAUCUCUCUGCAUGUGGACAGGAAAAGUCAGUGCAGGCUUCUCUCUUCCUCUCCCUCUGUGGGUAUUUUUUCCUCCUUAUACAGCAGCUCCCACACAUCCACUGAAGCACAGAAACCAGGAUUAGUUUCUGCAACCGGUCAGCAAAGCAGAGCUCAGAUUAAAGGAAUGGAUGUCUAAGCCCCGGCACUGCAGCCCUUGUUCAUUUUUCUUUUCCCCACAACAGUUGUGCCUCAUUAUCCAGUGCCUGCUUCAUUAUUUCUCCAGAAAGCCUGAAGUUUCGUUUUUUUUUUCCCUUACCCUGUGCCUGUUCUGCAAGGAAGAGAUGAUGAGGUCUACAGUGCUUGAAUUUAUUAAAUAAAAACAGACUAAAGUCACCUGUUACCUCCAGACCUUAUAUUUUCUUGGACUUGUGUAGAUUGCAGCAUUCUGCACAAAAAGGAGACCUUAAGGGAUCUUUAUCCUCAGCAUGGGCACAUUCAUAUGGAUUGCAGUUCUAAUUUUUGGAGUAUCAAUAACAAGGGUGUACUGUCACAAUGUCAAAAAUAAUGUGCCAAGGCUCAAAUUAUCCUACAAAGAAAUGCUGGACUCCAACAACUUAAUCACAUUCAGUGGCUUAGUCAACAGCUCAAGUUACCAUACUUUUGUAUUAGAUGAAGAACGGGGGCGAUUAUACGUUGGCGCUAAGGAUCACAUAUUUUCUUUUAACCUGGCUAACAUCAAAGAAUUUCAAAAGAUUGCUUGGCCUGUAACAAACACCCGUAGGGAUGAAUGCAAGUGGGCUGGAAAAGAUAUUGUGAAAGAAUGUGCAAAUUUCAUCAAAGUUCUUAAGGCUUACAACCACACACACUUAUAUGCUUGUGGAACCGGGGCUUUUCAUCCUGUCUGUACCUAUAUUGACAUUGGGCACUAUCCAGAGCAGGAUAAUGUUUUUAAACUAGAAGACUCCGUUUUUGAGAAUGGAAGAGGAAAAAGUCCCUAUGACCCCAAGUUGCUAACUGCAUCCCUUUUAAUAGAUGGGGAGCUUUAUUCUGGGACUGCAGCAGAUUUUAUGGGAAGAGAUUUUGCCAUUUUCCGCACGCUUGGAAAUCAUCAUCCAAUUAGAACUGAGCAGCAUGACUCCAGAUGGCUAAAUGAUCCCAGGUUUAUCGGUGCCUAUCUAGUGCCAGAAAGUGACAAUCCCGAGGAUGAUAAAGUAUAUUUUUUCUUUCGUGAAAAUGCAAUAGAUGGUGAGCAUACUGGCAAAGCUACGCAUGCUCGGAUAGGACAGCUGUGCAAGAACGAUUUUGGUGGACACAGAAGUUUAGUCAACAAAUGGACAACUUUUCUUAAGGCUCGGUUGAUUUGCUCAGUGCCUGGUCCAAAUGGUAUUGAUACUCACUUUGAUGAAUUACAGGAUGUAUAUUUAAUGAACUCAAAAGACCCGAAAAAUCCAGUUGUCUAUGCUGUUUUUACAACUUCAAGUAAUGUGUUCAAAGGCUCAGCUGUGUGCAUGUACAGCUUGUCUGAUGUGCGAAGAGUAUUUUUGGGUCCAUAUGCUCAUCGAGAUGGUCCAAAUUAUCAGUGGGUACCAUAUCAAGGAAGAGUUCCAUAUCCUCGACCAGGGACUUGCCCAAGCAAGACCUUUGGAGGGUUUGACUCAACAAAAGACCUCCCAGAUGAAGUUAUCAUGUUUGCUAGAAGUCACCCAGCUAUGUACAACCCAGUAUUUCCCAUUAACAAUCGUCCAAUUAUAAUCAAAACGGAGGUGGACUAUCAGUUUACCCAGAUAGUGGUGGAUCGAGUAGAAGCCGAAGAUGGCCAAUAUGAUGUUAUGUUUAUUGGAACAGAUAUGGGAACAGUGUUAAAAGUCGUUUCUGUUCCGAAGGAGACAUGGUACGAUUUAGAAGAAGUUCUACUAGAAGAAAUGACAGUAUUCAGAGAACCAACAGCAAUUUCAGCCAUGGAGAUAUCCACAAAGCAACAACAACUGUACAUCGGAUCAAAUAUGGGAGUUUCCCAGCUCCCGCUACAUCGCUGCGAUGUUUAUGGAAAAGCUUGUGCUGAGUGUUGCCUUGCCAGGGACCCCUACUGUGCUUGGGAUGGAUCUUCAUGCUCUCGCUACUUUCCUACUGCUAAAAGGCGCACAAGAAGACAAGAUAUCAGAAAUGGAGACCCUCUAACGCAUUGUUCAGAUCUGCAACAUCAUGAUGAUCCCCACAGACAGAACCUGGAAGAAAAGAUAAUCUAUGGUGUAGAAAACAGUAGCACAUUCUUGGAGUGCAGCCCUAAAUCGCAACGUGCCCUGGUCUUCUGGCAGUUCCAAAAGCACAACGACGAAAAAAAGGAAGAGAUAAAAAUUGAUGAUCGCACAAUAAAAACAGACCAUGGACUUUUACUUCGCAUUCUCAAGAAGAAAGAUUCAGGAAUUUAUUAUUGCAAUGCAGUAGAACAUGGUUUCAUUCAAACCCUUCUUAAAGUAACUCUGGAGAUUAUUGAUACAGAACAUCUAGAUGAACUUCUUCACAAAGAUGAAGAUGGGGAAAAUCAUAAACACAAAGAACCUUCAAACAGCAUGUCACCAACUCAGAAAGUCUGGUACAGAGAUUUCAUGCAGUUAAUUAAUCAUCCAAAUCUCAAUACAAUGGAUGAAUUCUGUGAGCAAGUUUGGAAAAGGGACCGCAAACAACGUCGGCAAAAAAAUGGAAAUUCCCAGGUCAGCACCAAUAAGUGGAAGCACCUACAAGAAAGCAAGAAGGGUAGAAACAGGAGGACCCAUGAAUUUGAAAGGGCACCAAGGAGUGUCUAGUAGGCUUUAUCUCUUCAAACCUCAUCUGUGUAGGAUUUGUAUUGACAUUUAACUGGAAAAAUGCAAUAUUCAUGAACUUUUUUUUCAUGGCAUUAUAUGGAUGUUUACAAGGUGGAAAGCUCACAUAAUUUUCCUCCAAGGCUAAAAAAAAUACAUUAGUUAAUUUCCAAAUAGACUUAGACUCUAUAGUCAAAAAAGAAAGACUAUACAACUCAGCUUUGUUUUUUUUUCCAUUUCAGAAGCAAUUCUUAUAUAAACUUUUUUUUUCAUAUUUCCUUAAUUUCCCAAGAAAGAACAAUUCAGUUAUCAUCCCAAAUUCAAUAAUUAAGACUUUUUUUUCAGCCACCAACACCUUGCCGGAACUUAAACUGAACCCACAAUUCUUUAUUAUGACUUUGGACACCAUGCCAUUAUAUUGGACAUGUGAAUUUAUUUUUAUCUAACAUCCAUGUGUUUAUGUUUAUUAGACGACUGGACUCGUGUGUGGAAAUGUACAAAAUGCAAACUAUUAACAAAAACAAAAUGUUGCCACCUACCAAACAUGUAGAGUGUUUUGAACUACUACUGAUGUCUCCUUUCCAGCUUUGAUUGGAAAAUGUAUUUUAACUUUAAUUUAACUCUGCCACAAACAAUAUGCAUCAAAUGUUUGUUUCUUUGUUUUAUACUGAUAGCAUAGACUUUGUCUUAAAAAAUAAUCUUUUUUUUGUAAUUAUUGGAAAUAAUGUGUUUAUUUUUCUUGAUGUUUUGUUGUAUUGUAAGCUAUAACACAUUGAAAUCUCGCUUAGCUAUGAUAUGGUAUAUAUCAAUCAAAAUAACAUUUAUUAAUAAUGUUAUUAAAUUAGACAUUUCCCGUUGCUAAAGAAUAAGAAUAAAACAUUUCAAUCUAUAUUUUUCUAAAGAUAUUCUGAUUAAAGUAAUAAAUGUUUUGGAUCCAUUGAGUAAUCUAAAAAAAGGGAUAAAUAAUGUUUACACUUAAAGAAAAUAAUAUAUUUCCAUUUUGCCUUUGUAUUACCAAAAACCUUCAUUUUAACAAAAUGUGCAAUUUGAUGUGUUACUAGUGUGCAGUUGAAUAGCCAAAAAGUAUUCUUCUACACUUAGUUAUUUGUUUCCUAUACUGUAUGCAGUCAGAUAUUUGGGGCACAUUUAAAUAAUAAAAAAGAUAAAAUAAUGCAUGCUUUGCACAAAUGAAAAGCAUGCAUUCUAUUUGUCCUAAACAACUUAAUAAAAAUCCUAGAAAUUUAAUGACAUUCAUUUUUUUUUUCUUUCUUGUGCUUUGAACAAAACCUGUAUCUGUCAUGUUACUAUCCCACAAAGUAUAUAUGGAAACUAUAUUUAUAUGGUCUAAUCUUUAUUUAAUAAAAUGCAAUUGCUUUGCAGAUUUAAAGCCA